UACGUCGAGCCUUUAGCACUUUAGUCCGUUGUAAACCGCGCUCGAAGACUUACGUCUUUUUAUGUGCACCGGUGUUUCACGCUUAGUGCGUAAAUCGUAAAUGAAAUUGACCUUAUAAAAAAGUCCAGUUAGUAAUUUGAAAUAUUGAGGCGUGUUUCCGAACGCAUGACAAUACUUUCGUUUUCGCGGCAAAAUGUGACAGUUUUAAAAAGUUUUAAUGAUCCUAGUGUUGUUUAUGUUUAUAGUUUUCUCUCUAAAUAAAAUAAUAAGCAUGGAUAAUAUAUUAAAAUAUUCAAGUUUUAUUAAGAUGGCGGCUCUGGUGACGUGGUGUGCACUCACGUGCCUGCCGGCUGCGCACGCGCUGCUCGUCGGCGUCGGCAUCGCUGACGUCACUGGACCACCCGCCGAGAUUGGAUUCAUGGGGUACGCAAAACUGGAACAGGUCGGUCAUGGCAUCCACUUGCGGCAGUUCGCGAGAGCUUUCGUUCUAGAAGACGACAAGAAUGAAUACAACCAUCGAAUUGUGUUCGUCUCCGUUGAUGCUGCUAUGAUGGGCAUUGGUGUUAGGAGAGAGGUAAUCAGAAGACUGCACAAACGUUUCGGGAACAUCUACAAUGAAACCAAUGUGAUCCUCAGCGGUACUCACACGCACUCCACGCCGGGAGGGUUUCUCAUGGACUUCCUCUUCGACCUCCCGAUCCUGGGCUUCUCCAGGGAGACCUACAACGCUUAUAUUUCUGGAAUCUAUCGAAGUAUCGUGUUAGCCCACAACAACAUGGCGCCAGCAAAGAUGAUGUAUGGAGAGACAGAAAUCCUCGACGCUAACAUCAAUAGAUCCCCCACUUCGUACCUGAGGAAUCCACCGGAGGAACGGUCUAGGUACAAGCACGAUGUAGACAAGACCCUCGCGCAGGUUCGAUUCGUGAACCUCAUCUCCCAGAAAGUAGUUGGAGUCAUCAACUGGUUCGCCGUCCACCCGACCAGCAUGAACAAUACCAACCGGCUGAUAUCCUCAGACAAUGUUGGGUACGCUUCCAUUCUUAUGGAGAAGGCUCUUAAUGGAAACAAUACUUUACCGGGCAGGGGCAACAUAGUGUGCGCAUUCGCGUCAACCAACUUAGGCGACGUGUCACCUAACACCAAGGGUCCAAGAUGCGAGUUCUCUGGAAAAGUAUGUGACCAGGAGCAUCUGCUAUGCAAACUGCCCAAGGAACAGUGUUUCGCUUCAGGCCCCGGUAGCGACAUGUUUGAGAGUACUAAGAUCAUUGCCACGAGGCUCUUUGAAGGAGCUAUGAAAGUUCUCAACUCUCCCGGAGAAGACCUGACGGGUCCACUUAACAUUGCUCACCAGUACGUCGCCAUGCCUGAACAGCAAGUGUCUCCUUACGACCCCGUUACUGAGACUUUCAACUCGAGUGUCAAAGUGUCAGGAUGUCUGCCAGCGAUGGGAUACAGUUUCGCGGCCGGCACGACAGACGGUCCCGGCGCCUUCGAUUUCCAGCAGGGCACCACCACCUCCAACCCACUUUGGAACGCAGUCCGCGACUUCAUUGCUGAACCUUCUAAAGAAGACAUCAAGUGCCAAGCGCCUAAGCCUAUUUUACUUGCUACUGGCAGGGCAAAAUUCCCCUACCAAUGGCAACCAAAGAUCGUAUCCUGCUCAGUAGCUCAGAUCGGAGGGUUAUUCUUGGCGGCUGUCCCUGGUGAAUUCACCACCAUGUCCGGGAGACGGCUGAGGAACGUCAUCUGGAAGGCUUCUGGCGCCAAGAAAGUGGUGUUAGCUGGCCUUUCAAACAUCUAUUCCGAUUAUAUCGCUACUCCUGAGGAGUAUCAAGCUCAAAGAUACGAAGCGGCGUCGACGAUAUUCGGUCCCCACACCCUCGACAUCUAUUUGAACAAAUACGUGGAGUUGACUAAAGCGUUGGUGUAUGGCAAGCCAGUAGACCCAGGCCCCGAGCCGCCAGACUUCAGUGAGCAACUGAUCACGCUGAUCCCGCCCGUGCUGUGGGACGGUGCGCCCUGGGGCAAGGAGUUUGGAGACUGCGUGCAGCAACCCGACCGGGAGUAUAGUUACGGGGAUACCGUGCAGGCUAGUUUUGUGGCAGGCCACCCUCGCAACGGCCUGCGUCACGGGCGCUGGUACGCCGCGGUGGAGAAGCUGGAGUCCGAAGAAGACGACUCCUGGACUAUAUACGCUACAGACGCCGAUUGGGAGACCAAGUUCAUCUGGCGUCGCGACUCCAAGAUCCUAGGUACAAGUUACGCGGACAUCGAGUGGGAGAUCCCUCUAGGCACCCCUCGGGGUACAUACCGCAUCCAUCACUACGGCAACUACAAAUACAUCCUAGGCGGCAUAUACCACUAUCACGGGUUUUCUAGACCCUUUGACGUCAAGUAAUCGAAAGGUAACGGAAAAACAAACUGAUAGAGAAGGAAAAUGGAAAGGAGGUACGGCAAAUGAGAAAUUUCUCAGGGUUUAAAAGAGAAGUUUCUCAGGGUUGACAAGUAGGACGAAUAUUGAUUUGGUACGGGCUGAGUUGAACAUUCGUGGUUGAAUUUAGUCCGACACGGUAUUUUAAAGUUUAUUAAAGGCUUUGCUGUGGCGUAACAUGUGACAUUUCUGUAUUAUGAAUACCAGUUGGUACUUACCAAACUUAUUGAUAAUUCCAGUGAGAAUUAUUUUGUGAUUUUUACUUCAUGUAAUUCCAAGUUCUAUAUUUUAAUAUUAAAUUAUUUCUGCACAUUAAAAUGAAAAUUAAAUAUAAAAAUAUCCAGUGACUGAAAUUAUAAAACCAAUGAAAACAUUCCAUUUUAAAUAGAGGCGUAACAAUAUUUUAUGAAUACGUAAAAAUUAUAUAUUAUUUAAUUUUAUAUGUAUAAAAUAAUUUUCAUGUGAUAGUUGUUAGUUAACAAUUGACAUUAAUUUAGAAUGUAAAUUAAAUAUUUAUGUUGAAAUUAUUUACAUAAUUUAAUGAGGGAAUUCCUUCCAUUUCCAAUCGGCGUUUCCCAAAAACACGAUAGAUGGCGUUGUUCACUUUUAACGUGAUAAUUAUCUAUUUUCUCAUUUCUUAAUAUUCUAAAAUAUAAUGUCGUCGAACGAUAGUUUCUACCAGACCGACGGAUCGAUUAUCGAUCGACGGCAUCGAUCGAUGGAGUCGAAUGGUAUCUGUCGAUCAAUUAAAGCUACCAGACUAGUCGAUCAACUUCGAUCGACGUUGAUCGAUGCCGUCGAUCGAUGAUUGAUCAAUUGGUCAGGUAACACCCAUCGAUCGGUGUCAUCGCCCGGCAAUCGAUCGAUUGCUUAAUCGAACAGUAUCUGUCGAUCAAUUAAAGUUACCAGACCAGUCGAUCAACUUCGAUCGACGUUGAUCGAUGCCGUCGAUCGAUUGGUCUGGUAGCACCCUUACAUAAAGCUCGGUGAGGCGUGGGUACUUAAUUCAUCUUGCUAUGGAUGUACCUCUGACUAUAAAUAGUGAUAUAGUCGUGAGCUUAUCUAUAUAUAUGUGUUUUUAUUUUAUGGUUCCUUGGUAGGUAGAAUAAACCUAGUCUUAGGAUUAUCUUUGUAGAUCACUGAAAAUGGAGGAAUGUGUGUGUAAUUCUUGCCUCUGAAACUGUUGAUAGUAUUUAUCAUUAAAUCAAAGGAUUAUUACUAAUUAUAUUGAUAAGAUUAAUUGUAUAAGUAGUAACUGUAUAAACGAUUGUUUACGCCAAAAGUUAGGCUAAUUCUUGUAUCGAAAAGUGCCAAUAUUAUUGUAUUAUUCAUGGUAUAAGAAGACCAGGUAUGCUCAAAACUGACAGCUAGCAUUUCAAGGUUAGCUCAGCUGACGUCAUCCGAACCUGCGUUGCCAUUUCGUAAAAAAUAAAUUACCCACGUCCAAUGUUUUUAAUUUACUUUGCAAGGAAAUUUUGUACUUUUAAUAAAAGAUUUACGUAUAAUUUUAAUGAUUUUUAUUUUGUAUGUGACAAGUAAUAGUAAUUAAGUACUUUAGUCAGUAAUUCACUUAAUUUUCAAUAACAAAAAUUUGCGUCCUUGGAAUGUUGGAGAUACCAAUUGAAUGGUAACACUUACGUCAUCAAUGGGCUAGCAAUGGUGGCUUGUCAUAGGAUUGAGCAUACCUGGUGUUCUUAUACCUUGGUAUUAGUGAAAUAAAAAUAAAUAAAAACUUUUU